UUUUUUUUUCUUUUUUCCUGUUCCUGCUUCUGCUUUUGUCCUUUCUUAUAUUUCCUACUAUACCUUUUUCCCUGUGGACAAUAGUAGUAGCAGGGGAGUUAAAAAGGAAAAGUUAGAAUCUUCACUGACACAUAUACAAGUAUAGUACAGAAAAAGAAAGAGAGAGAGAGAGAGAGAGAGAGAGAGAGCAUUCCUUUUUCUUCCUCUUCAUCAUCUUCUUCUUUGGUAUUGGUUUUGUGAGAGGAGGAGAUGAUGGGCUAAGAGAGGGGUGGGGAGCAGCUGGAUCUUUUGGUGCAGCUGCUUGUUGUAGAGAUUGGUAAUUUUGGAAUUUGGGGGAUACAAAGGUUUUUUUUGUGUUAGCUCAUCUGUGAAAUUUACUGAAUUCCCCCUGUUCUUUUUAAUUGUUCUCCUGGAUCUGAUCUUUUACAUUGCAUUUGUUAAAAAUUUUAUACUGGUAUAAAGAUCAAGCCCUUUUAAGACCAAAUAAAGAGUAGCUCUUGUUUCUUUUGCUGCUGGGAACAAUGGCUACAUUGUCGCAUUCCGAGUCGAGACGCUUAUAUUCAUGGUGGUGGGAUAGCCAUAUCAGUCCCAAAAAUUCAAAAUGGCUUCAGGAAAAUCUUUCAGAUAUGGAUAGCAAGGUCAAAGCAAUGAUCAAGAUCAUCGAAGAAGAUGCCGACUCCUUUGCAAAGAGAGCGGAAAUGUACUACAGAAGACGCCCUGAGCUUAUGAGUUUGAUGGAGGAAAUAUACCGUGCAUACCGAGCUUUAGCCGAGAGAUAUGACCACGCGCAAGGGGCACUUCGACAGGCUCAUCAGACAAUGGCAGAAGCAUUUCCGGACCAAAUUCCACUAGAAUUCGAUGAUGAACCCUCUGGAAUUUCUCCAUCGGAGUCAGAACUGCAUGAUCUUGAUACGGAUCGCCGCAUUUCCCCACCGUUUAACACUGCUGAUCUAAAGAAGAAUUCAAGAGAGUAUGAGAUGCUACAGAAAGAAAUAUCGAGGUUAUCAGAGGAAAAUCAAAAUCUCAAGAACCGGAUCAAAUCACAAUCAGAACGCACUGAUGAAGCUGAAUCUCAAGUUUUUAACCUGAAAGAGACCCUAUCUAAAUUGGAAUCUGAAAAGGAAGCUGCCCUUCUCCAAUGGCAACAAUCCAGUUCAAGAUUAUCAAACCUAAAGGCUGAAAUAUCUCAUACAGAAAAAGAAUUUGCAAAGCUUAAGGAAGAGAUGCAACAUGGACUCAAAAAUUUAAAGAGUUCUGAGCAUCGAUGCCUUGUUCUAGAGAGAGCGAACGAAUCUCUACAGCUGGAACUGGAUAAGCUUAAGCAGAGAGCAAAAGAGCAGCAAGAAGAGCUUAAUGAGAAGCAGGCAGAGCUUGAAAAGCUUAGCAUCUCCAUACAAGAAGAGAAGCUGAAAAGCAUGCAAGCCGACAUGGCUCGUCUAUCUAUGGAGAAGCUGCUACAAGAUUCUCAAGAAAAGAUGAGGCUUUGGGCUCUGGAGAUUCAAGGCGAGGCUGGCAAGUUAAAGGACAUGGAAAUGAACAAAGUAAGAUUAGAAAGAGAAUUGGAGAAGAUUAGAGAGGAAUAUAGCAGACUGAAUGAGCAAAACAAAUCCUCAACUUUACGGAUAAUCGAUCUCCAGGAUGAGAUAAUUUUCCUGAAGGAUGUAAAAGGAAAACUUGAGGAUGAAGUAUCUGUCCAUGUCGAGGAAAAAAAAGUGCUUCAAAAACAGCUAUCUCGUCUCAAGGAAGAUAAAAAUAAUUCAGAAUGGAGGCAUUGUUCUCUAAUGGAACAAGUAAGUGCGGUUACUUCAAAUGUGGAGUCACUUCAAGCUUUAGCAAAGGAGUUGAGAGAUGGAAAUGUGGAGUUAAAAGACAUCAUCAAUAAUCACGAGGGUGUAAGUGCCCUUCACGUCGAGAAUCUGAAGCAAUUGCAGAAGAUGUCGGAGAAAAAUGCAGCUUUAGAAAUUUCUUUGUCGGAUGCAAACAUUGAACUGGAAAGACUGAGAAAGAAGAAAAAGAAAUUAGAAGAUUCGUGUGAGUACCUCAAUUCCAAGGUUUCAACACAUCAGUCUGAGCGGGCUGUGUUGGUCUCCCAGAUAGAUUUUAUUUCUCAGAAUAUGGAGAAGCUCUCGGUGAAAAAUAUUUAUUUGGAGAACUCGUUGUCUGAUGCUAAUAUUGAACUAGAAAGUCUUAGAGGGAAGUUGAAGGAACUAGAAGAAUCUUGUCAGUCUCUAUGUGAUCAGAAUUCCAUGCUUCUAGGUGAAAAGAGAAAUCUCGUUUCUGAGGUUGAAAGCAUUACCCAGAUUCUUGGGAACUUGGAAAGGAAAUAUGCAGAAUUACAAAGCAAACACUCAAAUCUAGAGAGGGAGAAAGACUUAGCGCUCGAUCAAGUCACAGAGUUGCAAAAGGCAAUAAAAUUAGAGAGGGAAGAGAAUGCAAAUGUCGCCACCUUUAGCAAGAGUCAGAUAAGCGAUUUAGAGAAGCAGAUUCUUUUACUACAAGUUGAAGGUCGCAGGAGGGAGCAGGAGCUAGAAGUCGAACAGCAAAAAAUCAUAAAUGCUCAAUUCGAGAUUUUUAUCUUGCAGCGAUGUUUAUCUGAUAUGAAAGAAAAGAACUUGGUUAUUUCAGCGAACUUGCAGAAACAUCAAGAACUUAAAGAAAAGUACUCAAGUCAAGAGGGUAAGAUUGGUUCUUUAUUAAAGCACAAUGAGAAACUAGCUGAAGGGGUUCGAUUGAUUUUGAAAGUGCUUAAGUUGGAUGAGAGAUACGAUUCCUUAGAAGACUUGAAGGAUGAAAUUAUUUUGCAGCUUAUUUUGCACGAGAUUAGAUACUUACUGAAUACUAUUUCUGAUGCCCAAGAUGUGAAGCAAAAUCAGCUUCUAGAGAAGUCGGUCGUUGUCACACUUUUGGAGCAUUUUCAGCAGGAAGUGGCAGAGCUGAGAUCUGAGAAGAACAUGCUUAAGAAAGAAGCUCAAACGAAGACUGAGGAACUGUCAGUGCUAAAAACGGAAAAUAAUGAGCUCCUUAAGAUGAAUGAACAAAUAUGGCAGAAAAUGAAGGGUAGUAACGAAAAAGUCGAAGAAUUGAAAUCUGAAAUGAAAUUUCUACUUGGACAGUUAACAGAAUUGCAAGAUUCUCGCCGUUCUUUACAAACUGAAAUAAUUAAAUUGCUCGAAGAAAAUUCUUCUUUGUUGAAUAAACUUCACGACAUCAGGGAGAAAGAAAAAGCACUGGAAGAGCAAUACCAUGUUAUCCUUGCUGACGCUAUGACUCUGGAAUGUCUUAAAGUUGCUUUUAAAAGUCUUUAUGAUGAGAGAGUAUCAGAUCUCAAGUCAGUACAUAAGAAGCUCUCACAGGCUAAUCAGAAGUUCCAACAAACAGAAGCAACGAACUUGGAAUUGUGUAGAAAUCUUGAUGAGGCUAAAUUGGUAAGAGAAGAACUAGUGAAAAGCAUUACAAUCCUCUCAGAAGAUAACAAGAAUAGAGAACAUGAGAUUGCAUGCAUUUGUAAAGCAAAUGAGCUGUCGAGACAGGAGGUUCAUGAGCUGCAGAAACAAGUUGAUGAGCUCCGAAGCAAAGAAAAGGAAUUGGCAUCUGAACAGCAAAAAGGAAUUGAUGUGGUUAGGUCCUGUGAUGUCGAAAUUGCAACGUUAUUAAGCAAUAUCCAGUUUGCCACAAUUAAUGCAGCUUUAUUCAAAGAAAAGAUACUUGAGUUGAUAAUAGUAUGCGAGAGCUUCGAGAUAUCCUCCAUGGUACAAAAAGAAGUUCUAAAGGAAGAAAUUACUCAAAGAAAUUCAUAUGUGCACGAGUUGAAGGAAAAGCUCGAUGCUAUUGAAGUAGAAAACAGAAGAUUGAAAGUGGAUUUGGAUGGAGGUUUCACUCUUUUAGGAUCAUUGCAAGAUGAUGUAGCUAUCCUUGAGGAACAGACUCUUUUAUUGGCAAAAGACCAUAUACCAUUAGAUAAGCCAAAAAGCGAGGAGAAUACAUUGGUGCCGUUUCAGCAUUCUAAGAACAGCCAGAAACCAAGUGAGGAUCAUAAUGCAACAGCUUUGGCAGGAAACCUGGAAUUGCAAAAAUUGCAUGCAACAGUUAAAGCGCUUCAAAAAGUGGUAAUGGAUACGGGCAUUCUUUUAGAGCAGGAAAGACUUGAUUUCAAUUCUAGUCUAUCAGCUGCGAGAAAGCAGAUUGAAAUGUUGAAGUUAAAGGAAAUCUUAGACGAUGACCUCAACGAUGUGAAGUAUGAAAGGAUGCUCAAAGAUAUACAGCUUGAUCUUGUACAAAAUUCUUCUCAAAAUGGUAAUAACAUUCACUCCCAUGGGCAAAAAAAGCCAGAAAAAGCAGUAGAAACCAAUGACCAGAUGCUCGAACUAUGGGGAAUAGUUGGAUCCAAUAGCGACAACCCUACGAAGAAUGCUCGAUCAGCAAGAAUGCAACACGAGAUAAAGCAUCCGAUAACUGAACCAGAAGAGAAAGACAAGGGUAAACGACCUUCAACUGAAAUUAUAUCUGUGAAAGAGUUGGUAGUUGACAAACAAGAGCUGCCCAAAAGAAUUGCUUUAGAAUCUCACCAAGAUUUUAACAAAAGGUUCAUCGAAAGGCUUUCUUCUGAUGCUCAGAGGCUAAUGGUUCUUCAAUCCAGCAUACAAGAAUUGAAAGAAAAUAUCGAAGCAUCUGAAGAGAGCAAAAGCACCUCACGUCUUGAUGGUGUAAAAGCGCAAUUGAAAGAAGUUGAGGGGACCGUCUGGCAAUUGAUUGAUGCUAUCAAUAAACUGACAAAGAAGGCUGAAGAUUGUGCCUCGUCCUCUGAGAACAUUACCGAUGAAAAUGUUGAUUGGAGCAGAAGAAGCCAAAGGAAAAUCUCAGAACGAGCGCGAAAAGUGUCAGAAAAGAUUGGAAGGUUGGAGCUUGAGCUGCAGAAAAUCCACCAUGUCUUUCUGAAACUUGAUGAAGAACAAGCAAACAAGAGGAACAAGACCAUGCAUAGAAGGUCGAAAGUGCUUUUGGUGGAAUAUCUCUAUGGUAAGUCAAGAGACAGUCGGAGAAAGAAGAGAGGUCUUCCCUGUGGUUGCCUGAAUCCGAAAAAAACUGAGGGUGACUGAACUCUCAUUCUUGCUGCAGCUUCCGGCAAUUGGCUAGUUAACUGAACAGGUGAUAACAUGUUGUUCAGAGUGAGUGAUUCCCAUACCUUUAUGACUAUUUUUCUCAUAUAAAACCCUUUAAUCAUCUGCUUUUUGGAUAUUUCCUAUUUUGUAUGAGACUGUACAUGGUAGGUAUGAUUAGAAGCAGCUACUAUGGUGUAGUUUCUUGUAUUGUGUAUCUGACAUCUAUGUAGUAGAUCCCUCCCUGCACUGAAUAUUGUAUGUUUGAAUUAUUGCAUAAUUUAUCCAGCCAAAGUAUUGCAAAA